AUGUCUUUAGACGCAUUUUUAAAAGUAUUUCGCAUGUUGCUAAAUGAAACCCAGACACAAGAGACAAAACAAAACAUUUCAUGUGAAUUUAAUCAACAGAAGAAAAUGAGUUUUCAAUUCAUCACGCGAGAAAUUUGGGACUGUAGUCAAGCUACUUGUGAUAUUUAUCAAUCCAGCCAUGAAACAGAUCUCUUAACAGGUGGAAAAUUAUGCCGGAAACGAUAA